UGUUAUGAGUGUGCACUGAUGGUAAUGCUGAAACAUUUUUGUUAGCUCCCUUCGGUAAAACGUUGGGAUGGGGAUGGGUGGCUGAUGGUGGAGGUUGUUGUUGGAAGGGGUGCAGGGUGUAAGUAGGAAGGCUGAAAUCAGUGUUCCCAUAGAAACCAUUGUAUUUCCCUCCCCUGUGAUUGGUGCUGCCGUCUUGUGCAAGUAUCUGCUAUUUCUGUGAUGCAACAAGGCCCCAGACACGAGUGUAGUCACAGGACACACACGCACACAUACACACACACUUUCAAAUGUCAUUUCCUGUUUUGCCUUAACCCUAUUAAGGCCCAUACAUUUCGUUAUACUGGACUACUGUAUAUGUUAGCAGCAUAGAAAUUGUUAGCAUUUUAUUUUAUCAAUGGAUUGCUUUACAUGACAUCAUGCACCUCUGGAUAUGGCAGCAGCCGGCAGAUGGAGGUUGUUUCUUUUUCAGCAAUCAGCAAAGCUGCUCUCAUUCCAGCCAGAUAGUCAGUCCAUUCUUUAACACUUUGUUCAAGACAAAUUUUGACACCUGCGUGUUCCAUAUUGUACAUGCUCUAUGUUCAAUAUGUUAUACGUAUAGUAUAUAUGUAUACCUUUUAGAUCAGUACUUCAUAACACAAAUUUAUUAAAUGAAUAUCUUAAGUUGGUUUGGGCCAACUGCCGUCAUGGCAUUAUAUUGAAAAUACAAACAAAUCAGAAAUAUGGGAUUCUUUCAUUACAGAAAUGGCAGCUGACUAUACCUCCAUGCUAAACACCAUAUACCCUAGGCUAAUAUUUGGCUAAGUUAAUGCUGAAGUGAGAGAUGUUUAAAUUGUGUAGGGAAUAGGGAUCAUUGUUUAUGAUGGCUACUUUGUCAUUAUGUCGUACCAUCGCCUCUGCAUUCAAAGUUUCUGUAUACACUGGCGGAUUUCCAGCUUUCAUUUUAGCACAACUAAAGGGAUUGGAAAAUGUAUGAAAUAGCUGAUGUGGUUUAUUAGGGCAAAACUAUCAAACACGAGUCGGUCUAGUGUCCCCGUUUUAAGCCUAGCGUAUUCUUACAAUCUGGACCACCCGGACAACUAUCCAGUAUGAAAUUCCAGGCCAAUAUGUAAUACCCCCUUCAAUCUGCCAUAGACCUCUAUGUACUCAGGCUGCUUUCUUUCUACAUAUAUGUUGGUGUACUAAUUGCUGGCAUUUUUAGAAAUUCUCAUUUGCAAUUGUGUGUGACUACAGGGCAGAAUUAGAAAUCAUUAUUAAUGAAUGACCAAACCAGCACAAGCUAUUUGUAAUUUAUAUGUGAAUGUCCCUUUUUUGUUCAUUGUGUAUUGUUUGUCUUAUUUAAUAGCCAAUUUAAAAUGGAGAGGAAGAAGAAGCAAUGAUGAGAAAAUCAGACAUUGUAUAGCAUUAGGACCUAGUGGAGAGUUGUGAGGUUGGGUGCUGUCUGCCCACCCAUCCUGCUUCUCAGCUCUGCAUGCUGCUGCAGUUGCCCUAGGCGCCUACUGAAGCCACUACGUGUGCAUGUGUGCACGUGUGCGUGCAUGUGCGUGCAUGUGAGUGCGUGCUGCGCGCGUACAUGUUUGGAAGGAAUUGGGCGGGCGGUCACCGUUAGAGGGGGAGGGUUUUAGGAGCAGGCAAUGACAAGAUGAAAGGGACCAGGUGCGGAGGAGAGACGGGAGUAUCACACUCUACCUCUUCUUCAACCCUUCCAUCCCUCCCUCAACCUCUCAACACACUGCACCCAACAUCCACAUCGCCUUUACAACUGGUCUGUGUGUGUGCGUGUGUGUGUGUGUGUGUGUGUGUGUGUGUGUAUGAGUGUGUGUUGUUGAGAGAGUCAUCGAAACAGGUCAGCGUUCCUCCAGCAGAGUAUGAAUCUGCACAGGACUGAGCAGCUCUUUUCUGGCAGAGCUCUGCCCAGAUAACCCUUUUUAGUGGUGUAUCCCAGUGGCUCCAUCUUCAGUGAAGCGGGGCAUCCUGUCGAGACCUUUGGUGCUCCGGCUGCCAUGAAAGAAUUAACUUCCUGCGCUUCUCUGUGGUACCCUACGGCGGGGGAGGAUGGGUGAUGGGCCCGUGAUACUCAGCGGACUCUCUCCUCCUCAUCCCAAACUCUCAUGGAAAACCUUGUCACACCGAGUGCCUCCUGCAACGCUUCCUUCCUGGGACUCUCCUCGGUUGCCCUCUCACCACAAGCAAAUGCUUCCAACGUGAGCCAAGCUGGACUAAAUGUGAAACAGUCCUUAACUCUCUGUGCCAUGCUAAUCAUGGACAUCCUGGCUGUGGUGGGGAACCUUGCCGUAAUGGUCAUCAUAAGCAAAACACCACAUCUGCGCAAAUUCGCCUUUGUGUUCCAUCUGUGCUUGGUGGACCUGCUGGCAGCGCUGGUGUUGAUGCCUCUCGGAAUGGUGCCCGAUCGCGUGUUGGCAGACGAGGUGAUCUGUCGAAGCUACCUCUGCUUGAGCGUUUGCCUGGUGAGCGCGGCCAUCCUCACCAUCUGUGCCAUCAACGUGGAGCGCUACUACUACGUCGUGUACCCCAUGCGCCACGAGGUGAAGAUGACGGUCACGGUGGUGGUUAUGGUAUUGGUGGGGGUCUGGGUUAAAGCCGUUGUCAUGUCAUUGCUACCUUUCCUUGGGUGGUUGCUCCAAGGAAACCAGGCUGUGCCCUCGAGUCCGCUGUCCAUCCCUGGUCAGGCACACUGCUCCCUCCACUGGGCAGGAGGCAGAACCACUCGUCUGAUCUUCAUGGUCUUUUUCACAUUUAUCUAUUUCCUGUGUCCUAUGUUAAUUAUUCUGGUGGUCUACUGCAACAUGUUCAAGGUGGCCCGAGUGGCAGCCAUGCAGCACGGCCCACUCCCUACUUGGAUGGACACGCCCCGGCAACGCUCUGAAUCCUCCAGCAGCCACUCUACUAUGGCCGUCAGCCUCGGAGGAACUUGCUCCCGCAACACUCCUCAUAGGACCUUCAGUGGUGGGAAGGCCGCCGUGGUUCUGGUGGCGGUGGGAGGCCAGUUCCUCUGCUGCUGGCUGCCAUACUUCUCUUACCAUCUCUAUUUGGCUGUGGUUUCUACCUCAUCUGCCUCGCUGGCCCAGCUGGAGGAUGUGGUCACGUGGAUCGGCUAUUUCUGCUUCACCUCCAACCCCUUCUUCUACGGCUGCCUCAAUCGUCAGAUUCGGGAGGAGCUCGGCCGCCACCUGGCCUGCCUUUUCAAGCGGGCUGGAUCUGGUCAGGGAGAACAGCUGCCCAGCCGUGAGGCCUCCAUCGAGGAGAACUUCAUGCAGUUCCUUCAGGGCACGGCGUGCAAUCUGGAGCCGUGUAACGCUCACAGCAGAGUGCGUCAAGAGGAGAUGGAACAUGAAGGCCUACAGGAGUCUUCUGCUCUGCGGAACACGCCAGCUGACUUCCACAUCCCAGGGCAAAUUCUUGAAGAAACCGCAGAGUUGAUACAACAUCAAAAACUGAACAAUCAACUCCAUGCACUGGGAAAUUCCAAAACUGUACCAGAGAUUUAGCUGCCCCACCCAUAUGAUCUAAUAAUCGAGUUAAAGACUUCAUUUUAAUUGAUGCACCAAUUGUCCAUCUACAUAUCUUGAAUGUG